GAGCGCGUGGAGGCCAGCCUCCGUCUCGGCUUAUCGCGCCUCUUCGGGGAAGCCUCGAGAGAAGGAUUGGAGGAUGCUACUGUGGUGGAGGAUGUCAAGACCAAGAGCCGUGGCGAAGAUGGGCCCAGGUGGCUCUCCAGCCCAGCGCUUCUGUUCUUUCUGCUGCUCCUGCGAUCUUCGCCAGGAUGGCUCUUCGCUGGCGAGGGCGCCCUGCUGCUGAAGCUUGA